AUGCGGCCAAUACUUGAGGAGCAAGAAGAGUGUGUUCGUCGGACUUUCGACGUGAACUGUGUCGCGCUCUUCAUCUUGGCGAAAGAAUUCCUCCCAUCCAUGAUUAAGGAGGAUCAUGGCCAUGUGUUGACCAUGGCAAGCAUGGUGAGCUUUGUUACGUUGGCGUCUAACGUCGCCUAUAGCUGCUCAAAGGCUGCUGCUUUGACUUUCCACGAGGGCUUGACCCAAGAACUGACGCAUAGAUGCAAUGCCAAACAUGUUCGCACCAGCGUUGUGCACCCCUCAUGGAUUUGUACGCCAAUGCUUGAACCUGUCCUAAAAAGAUGCGCAUUUAUGGAAACCCUUCUCGACCCUAAUCCUGUUGCGGACGCGGUGGUGGCCCAGAUUUUGGGAGGCAAGAGUGGCCAGAUUUUCUUGCCAGCAUCUUAUAGUUCCGGCUCUAUGAUUAGAGGGGUUCCAACUUGGUUCAAGGAGAUGGUUCGUAGCUCAAAGAAAAAUGUGCUUGCGAAGUGA